CUAACAUAAAAAUAAAAUAAUAAGUAAGGUCUCUAUUCAGUGGUGUUGGAUUCACUCCUCCUAUGUAGCAUGUCCCAUAACAGAACCCAACCCCUUAUCCACAACUGAACCAACCAUUCACAUGUCUUCACUUCACCUUUCUCCCUAGAUUUUCCCUGAACACAACACUCUGUCCAUGAUAUUCAAAACCAAACCAACAACAACAUCAUCAUUUUCAUCAUCAUAGAUGACAACAGUUUCAACUGAAUUCCUGUCAAGGAAUCUCCCAAUCAGAACCCAUUUGAAACAUCAUCGUCAUCAUCCAAAUCCCAACACACUCAUCACUCGCAAAACACAACAGCUUCUCAAUGAUGGUGGCACCAGCAACAACAACAACAACAACAGAAGAUUCAACAACAACAAGGGUCAGGGUCAUUAUGUCAGUGUUGGUUCAUAUCAAAAACUGGAUCAGGAUUACGAUUUCCGAGACCCCCAUCUCAUGAAAGCUCUCAACAGGUCCUGCAAAGCAGGGAAGUACAAUGAGUCUCUGUAUUUUCUUCAGCACAUGGUCAGCAAAGGUUACAAACCUGAUGUUAUCCUCUGUACCAAGCUGAUCAAGGGGUUCUUCAAUUCAAAGAGGAUUGACAAGGCGAUGAGGGUCAUGGAGAUUCUGGAAAAGCAUGGGGACCCUGAUGUUUUUGCUUACAAUGCAGUGAUAAGUGGGUUCUGCAAGGCUGAUAGAAUUGAUGUUGCUAACCAGGUGCUAGAUAGAAUGAGGAAGAGAGGGUUUGCUCCUGAUGUUGUUACCUAUAAUAUUCUCAUUGGGAAUCUUUGUGAGAGGAGAAAGCUUGAUUUGGCUUCAAAGGUUAUGGGUCAGUUGCUGAGGGAUAAUUGCAAGCCUACUGUGAUCACCUACACAAUCUUGAUAGAAGCAACCAUUAUAGAAGGUGGGAUUGAUGAUGCCAUGAAGCUUUUGGAUGAGAUGUUCUCAAGAGGGCUUCAACCUGAUUUGUACACUUACCAUGUCAUUGUAAGGGGCAUGUGCAGAGAAGGGGCGGUGGAUCGAGCUUUCGACUUUAUUAGCAGAAUAAGCACAAGGGGUUGCGCCCCGGAUGUGAUUUCUUAUAACAUUCUGCUGAGGGGUCUUUUGAAUGAAGGCAAAUGGGAAGCUGGAGAGAGGUUGAUGGCUGAUAUGUUGGUGAAAGGUUGCGAGCCGAAUGUUGUUACCUACAGCAUUUUGAUCAGCUCGCUCUGUCGCGAUGGCCAAAUUGAUGAGGCGAUGAAUGUGUUGAAGGUUAUGAAGGAGAAGGGGUUGACUCCUGAUGCUUACAGCUAUGAUCCAUUGAUUUCUGCAUUCUGCAAAGAGGGCAGAGUGGAUUUGGCAAUAGAGUUGUUGGGUGACAUGAUUUCUGAUGGUUGUUUGCCUGAUAUCAUCACCUACAACACAAUCUUGGCCUCUCUGUGUAAGAUUGGGAAAGCUGAUGAGGCUCUCAAAAUCUUUGAGAAGCUUGGUGAAGUGGGUUGUCCUCCAAAUGCAAGUUCAUAUAAUACAAUAUUUGGUGCACUGUGGAGUAGUGGUGACAAAAUUCGAGCAUUGAGGAUGAUUUUAGAGAUGUUGGACAAGGGUAUUGAUCCUGAUGGGAUCACCUAUAAUUCACUUAUAUCUUGUUUGUGCAGAGAUGGAUUGGUGGAUGAGGCAGUUGAGUUGUUAGUGGACAUGGAAAGUAGCAAGAGUCAACCUUCAGUUAUCAGCUACAAUAUUGUUCUUCUGGGAUUGUGCAAGGUGCACAGAAUCAUUGAAGCCAUUGAGGUGCUAGCUGCCAUGGUUGACAAAGGAUGUCAGCCAAAUGAAACUACAUACACUUUGUUGGUUGAAGGGAUUGGUUUUGCGGGAUGGCGAAACGAUGCAAUGCAGCUGGCGAAUUCCCUUGUUAGCAUUAAUGCUAUUUCUGAAGAUUCUUUGAGACGUUUGAACAAGACUUUUCCCUUGCUUGAUGUGUACAAAGAGCUAGCUUUAUCAGAUUGAACUAAAUUCCUGGGCAAGAAGCUGAUUCUUCCAAGUCUUCUCCAUGAGAUUUUUGUUCAGCUCAACUUGAUGAGUGCUUUGUCAAACUAUUACUUCCAAGUUUGAAGUUUAAAGGGCAAAUAAUAUCCAAAGGAAAGUCAUUACAUCUAACAAAGAUUGUUAUAUGGAGCCUCUGUUUCAUUAUGUUUACAUAGUUUUUGCACUCAAUUGUUAUCCAAUGACUUGCAGAAAAGUUCGCAGAGUCUGAAAUUUGUAAAUUGUG